AUGACAAUCAGAGGAGUUCGAGUGGACAGUAAAAAUGCUGAUAAUGAUUUAAACGAUGACGACGAAGAUGAUAUGGUCAAGUCAAGUUUAUGUUGUUUAGAAGGAUGCUUGGCGACUACUUCUGUCGGAUUUUCCUUUUUUGUUGCCUUGCCUACAGGUAUUUUAUUAUUGGUCUAUUCAAAGAAGGACAAUGACGUCAAUUUUUUCAUAGCGGGCAUAGUGUUAAUAAUUUUACCACUAUUUGUGUUACUGGUCGUGAUUGUCCUCUGUUUUAAUAAACACCGUUUAAAACUGGACAAAUUAAGAUUUAGAAAGAAAACUUCGCAAGAAAUGAACAGCCAUGAAAACAGCGUAUGUGCCAAAUAUUGA